GAACACUUGAUACUGUAAAAUAUAUUAGAGGAAGAGACCGAGUAGCAGCUAGCAGUAAAGGCCAAGAUAAACCAUGUCCACAGGAGAUGGAGAACGCUUCAUUGUGAAGUUUGUAGAAAGUAAAGGACAAAAGACAGAUUGUGCUGCAAAGGCUUAUGAGGCCGUCUUGGAGCUGCAGUCUGAGAAAUACGUGAAGGUCAUUGAUGAGGAUGUUGCUCUCCAGCAAGACCAUAAAGACAAGUCUCUGUUUGUCUUCAGCAGUUUCACCUCUCCUGCCUUCCACCACUGCAAGAAGCUUGGCUGUAGAGUGGUGAGUCCACUGGUGGUGUUAUAUUGUCUGCAGCAUCAGUGCUGUGUUCCCAGAGCAGAAAAGCCCAUCUAUAAUAUGGCCAUGGCUGAUGUCACUAGCUCCUGCACCAGUCUGGACAAGGCAGCACGGACAGAAGUGAUGGACCUUAUACAGCUAAUGGGUGGAAAGGUCUGUCGUGACCUUAAUACGUCUGUCACCCACCUGAUAGCAGGUGAAGUGGGCAGCAAGAAAUACCUGGUAGCUGCCAGCCUUGGUAAACCCAUCCUUCUGCCCACAUGGGUCAAAACCUGCUGGGAGAAAUCACAGGACAGUCUGUUCAGGUACACUGACCUGCCCAUGGAGGAGCACCUGUGCCCUGUGCUCCUUGGCUGUACAGUUUGUGUCACUGGCCUCUCCAGUGUCGAGCGCAAAGAGGUGCAGCGGCUCUGCCAGCAGCAUGGGGCUGAAUACACUGGUCAGCUCAAAAUGAGCGAGUGCACUCACCUCAUUGUUAGUGAGCCAACAGGUCAGAAGUAUGAGUGUGCAAAAAAGUGGAACGUGUACUGCGUGUCUUUGCAGUGGUUGUUUGACAGCAUAGAAAAGGGUUUUUGUCAAGACGAGAGCCGCUACGCAGUGGAACAAAGGGCACCAAGGACCGGCCGGCCACAUACUUCUACACCAACUGGUACCAACAAGAAGGAGGAGGGUCUGUCUGUGUUGGGGUUGAGCAACAUCUCUGUGAAUGUCAGUAUGACAGCAAACGACACAGCCCUCACCAAUGGCACCUUCAGUCGAUUAGAAGCUCCAGACCCUAUAGAAAGUCUUGAUCUUGCCUCCUGCCCUUCUGAUGAUAUAUUGGAUGGCUGUAAGUUGUAUCUGUGUGGCCUACCAGGGAAGAAACUGGAGAAGCUACGUCGCCUGGUGAGCACUGCAGGUGGCCUGUGCUUGAACCUGCUCAGUGAAGAACUCACACACGUGGUGAUGGGAGAGCCAGACCAUGACCUAAAGAGCUUCCUGUCCAGGACUACUCACAGGCCCCAUGUGGUGACAGUUCAGUGGCUUCUAGACAGCUUCUCCAGUGGCACCCUACGGGCAGAAGAGGGCUACCUCCAUCCUGACUGUCUGCCCCCUGCUCCCAUUGCUGCAGCAAAGCCUGCCUCUCACACCACCACGUCCAGACCCAGCUUUACCUCAGCUGCUCUCCCUGCUGCCAGCCCCACCACCCCCAGGCAGAGAAGGGCAGAAGAGGACCUGCUGUCUCAGUACAUGGAUGAAGACCGCACUGUAGUGGAAAUGCCCCUACCAGCAGAGGGCAGCACAAAUAGGAGGUCCAGCAGUGCAGCUGUUGACACUGCUCGCUGGUGCCCAGACCAGACCAAUGAACCAGACACAAACUCCACCCUGCAAGAAGCCAGUGAGGCAAGCCUGUUUGCUGGUAAACGUUUCAUCCUGGUGGGCUUCGAAACUGAGGCUGAGGCCCAACUCUCCCUGCUGGUGACAGAGAAUGCUGGCAAGGUGCUAGUGGGCCGUACACGUGCAGUGGUAGAUUAUGCUGUGGUACCGCUGUUGGGUUGUGAGGUGGAGGCCACUGUGGAUGAGGUGGUCACUGAUACCUGGCUGAACAUGUGUGUGGAAAAGGAGCAUGUUCUGCAGAUUUCCUCCAACCCGCUGUUCACUCCUGUUCCUGUGAUGGAAGGAUGCUCUCCUCUCUCAGGCUGUGUCCUCUCUGUCAGCCAGUUCACCGGGGCUGAGAGGGAGUCUCUGGUGGAGCUGGUCAAGCACCUUGGUGCAAACGUUCAAGAUUUCUUUGUGCGCAUGGCCAACAAGAAGAAAGGCAUGCUGGCCAGCACCCACCUAGUUUUGCAGAGCCCAGCGGGCACCAAGUAUCAGGCAGCGAAGAAAUGGGGCCUGCCUCCUGUUACUAUGCGCUGGGUGCUGGAGUCUGCAAAGAGAGGCCAGAGGGCUGAGGAGGAACGUUUUCUGGUUGACUUGCCACCGUCUCCAGACGGGGAUGAUGAGAGUUUUGUUGGCGGUUCACAGAAGCCAGCAAUGCCUGCUCCUCCACUUCCAGCUCGUUCCUCGCCGGAGAUCCCUUUACUUGGUCCCCAAAGUGGCAAGGCAGUCACACCGUUGGACGUGGGCCGCUUCCAGAGCAAGGUGUUCCAUUCCUUACUGGACCAGAUGAAGCCUAAAGAGAACCCCAGUACUCCUGUAGGUGGCCAGGAGGGCAGCAGCAAAACAAACUACACUCAGAAGGAGGUCCCCCUGCAGCUGGACACACCCUCCCGCUUCCUCAGCAGAGAUCAGCUUUUCAGACCCUCUUUCAACGUUAAGGAUGCACUAGGAAUGUUGGACACUCCGGCUGGGAGGUCUAAGCCAGGGGAUAAAAUGGAGACCCCGCUGACUGAUGUCAUAAACAGGAACUUUCAGGUGGCUCUGGCUAACAGCACCCGUAGCCAUGCCAAAGACAUGGAGACCCUCACCGCCAGCCCUGAGUUCAGCAAGAAGUCUGAGCAGGAGACCAAAGGAAAGCAACCCAGUCCCCUGGUUGGUGUGGUGAUCUGUGUGGGGAAGAAACUGAGCAAGAUGCAGAGUGAACUUUAUGCCAUAGCUGCCUCACUGGGAGCAGACUUCAGGUGGUCUUGUGACGACACUGUGACCCACUACAUCUACCAAGGCCGGGUGGGGGACAAUACACGAGAGUACAGAGCGGUGAAGGAAAGAGGGCUGCAUGUUGUGUCCCACCACUGGCUACAAGCUUGUGCUGAAGAGCAGAGGCAUGUCUCAGAGUCUCUGUAUCCAUUCACCUACAACCCCAAAAUGAGCCUGAACCUCAGCCAGGUGCCUGAAAGUACCCAGAGGUCACCACCUUUCUCGCGGUCCCAAAUCAAGGACCUCAAGGAGACUCGGAACAACAAGCCUGAAGACAAAGCCACAGAAGAAGCCACAUCGUCCCGUUGUGUAAGUGACGGAGAAGUACCAGAGAUAUCUCUAGACACAACAAAGACAGAAGAUAUGUCAGAAAUGAGCGAGAACCUGCAAAGACAGCUGCAGGAGAUCAUGUCAGCCACUAAGCUGACCACGGGGAGGCGAGCCUCAGCCCGACUGUCCAGGAUGGGCUCAGGCGGAGCCGAUUCGAGCCUCCAGACCCCCGAUGGCCUUGGGCGCCGGGUUGGACGCAGUGGGAGCAGACGCACUCUAGAGGCUCUGAGGGUAUCCAGGGAUGCAGCUCUGGACCUGAACACAGAGCCAUCUCAGACUGAACAAAUUGUUUGGGAUGACCCCACAGCCAGGGAAGAGAGGGCCAAGCUGGCUGACAAUUUACAGUGGCCGGGAAGCCCCUCACAACACUUUGAGCCCCUUGUAAUGCCUGCACCCUCCACUCCACAACCAGAAAACAACUGUCAUUUUAAAUACUCCAUGACUGACUCAGAGCUGGUGGAGAUGGCUGCAUGUGAUGUCAUCGACCAGCAAAUGAGGAAGGUCAUGACUCCUGCUGUAGAGGAGCCAGAGAAUGACAUCCUGACUCCCAAAGCCCCCAGCAUAGCCUUUCCGCUUGCCAAUCCCCAGGUACCACCAGAGCCACAGGAGGAGUGUGAGGAAGAGCAGGAGCCACCAAGAUUCCAGCUCUCUUCUCUCAGCCCACAGGAACGCAUUGAUUACAGUCAGCUCAUAGAGGAGCUUGGUGGUAUAGUCCUUGACAAGCAGUCUUUUGAUCCCCGCUGUUCCCACAUUAUCGUCGGGACCCCCCUGCGUAAUGAGAAGUACCUGGCAGCAAUGGCUGCUGGAAAAUGGAUCCUGCACCGCUCCUACAUGGAGGCCUGUCGCUCCGUGGGUCACUUCAUCCAGGAGGAUGAGUAUGAGUGGGGCAAUAGUUCCAUUCUGGAUGCCCUGCCCACCAUCACCUCCCAGCAGAAGAGACUAGCAUUAGCUGCCAUGCGCUGGAGAAAAGCCCUGCAAGGCCGCUCUGACCAGGAGGGAGCCUUCAGUGGCUGGGCAGUCAUACUGAACAUUGAUCAGAACAGAGAAGCAGGAUUCAGGCGAUUACUGCAAUCAGGUGGAGCCAAGGUUUUACCCAGUCCCACUUCGUCCUUAUACAAGGAGGCCACUCACCUGUUUGCAGACUUUGGUCGGCUGAAACCGGGAGAGUUUCGGGUGGAUGUGGCGGAGGCGACAUCCCAGGGUGUCACAUGCUUGAAGCCUGAGUACAUUGCAGACUACCUCAUGCAGGAGCCAGCACCACUCAUUGAAUUGUAUUACCUGACUGAGUCUACCUCGGAGAACGACAAUACCACUCCCUCCCGCAAACGCAAAGGAGUCACUGACACUUCCACGCUGAAAAAGACCCGUCUGAACUGAACAACUCUGGAUUGUAUUGGGUGCUGUUGACAUUACCCUUCAAGUUAAUUAUUUGAAACUUCCUGUAAAUAAGAUUUUUAUCAU